AGUAUACAUUUGGACCAUCGGUGAAGUAGAGGCUGUGUUGAGUGACCUGGGGGAAGGCUGGGAGGUAUGACAGCCUCACCCUGGCACCACCCUUCACUCGGCCACGCUCCCCUCUCCUGCCACCAGGUUGCAUGAAGCCAGCCGCCUCCCUGCUCCUUCCCUGCUCAGCGCCCCACCACUGCCCUCCCUCCCUAGCCAGCCUGUGCCUUUAGGGCGGGCCCCUGCUUCUGCUCUCCAGCUGCUGGCUCCCAAGACGGGGAGCAGAGAGAGGGAUCCGUUAACACAGGAGCCCCUGCAGCUUGCUCUGACUUGGGCUUGCAUCUCUGCAUCUACAGCCUCCUCCUGGGCCUGUUCUGCAUGUGUCGCUUCAGCUCUGCUUUUGCCUGGAAUCUUCCAGGUCAGGCUAGACCAGGUGGCAGUCAUCAGAAGAGCCAGCUCAGGUGUCGGGGCAGCUGGGGCAUAGGGUUACACGCCCCCCACCCCCACCCCCAGAGACUGGCGUUCCCGGCUUAGGAGGUGGCAGCUGCUUGCUGCUGGCGGAGGUGUGGCCCCCGCAAUGGUGCCCUGUGCACGGCCGCCCCUGCCUGCCCCUUCCCAGCUCUGCGCCCGUAUGGGAGGGAGGAGCCUGGGACGCUGUACAGCAGAGUCGCUAAGGACACAGCAGUCAGCCAGACCUGGAUUUGCCGUUAGUAGCCGUACAGACAGGAUGCCUGACCUCUCUGUACCUCAGUUUUCUCUUCAGGAAAGUGGGCUCAUGCCUACUUCCUACGGCUGUUGCUGGAGGUGUGUUGCCUACGCCUGGAAUAGUGUAAUCACCCAGGCGAUGGCCUUUGAUGAUCUUCAAUGUCACCACCACUGUGGUGGACAGAGGUCUGCCUGGGUGGCGUGUGGUGAUUACAUGGGGCAGGGAGAAGUAGGCCCAGGGCUUGGCCUCUCUCCCAGUGGCUGCUCAGUGAUGCUUGCUCAACAAAGCUAGGCGCUGAGGCCUCAGGGAGGCCGUGCUGGCAGAGGGUCGGUAACAGAUGGCCGAGGAAGCCUUCCAGGUCUGGCUCCUUGCGGCUUUGGGAAUAAGAGAAGCCAGAGCCUGUCUGGGUUUCUGUUGGGACCCAAGGAUGGGACACCAGGAGAGGCCCCUGAGAGGCCUGGUGUGGGGUCAGCACCCCUGUGUCUGGUGGGUGGGCUCUAUGGUGGGAGGGCUGGGCCGGGUUCGGCAGCUGCAUGCCUGAUGGGAGAGGCCUGCCUUCACCCCUGUGGGGUUGCUUUUCUUACGGACCGAGGGAACCUCACAGCCUUACCAGCUAGGCCUGAAGUUGGUUCAGGGUGGACGUGUGCCGAGGUGAAACCGCAUCCUCGCCAGGCCGGGCGUUUAUACUGUGCGGACGCUGGAGGUGGAUAGCAUGGCGGCCUCUAGGCUGAGAAGAAAGCAAGUGUCGGGGCUGCCCCAUGGGGCUCCCUCUGCCCCCUCCCCUCCCUACUGUCUGAGUCGGGCCACCAUACAAGUAUGUCCUGUUGACAAGGCCUUGACCUGCUGGCGUGGGUCCCAGGCUGCAGGGUGAGGGCACAUGGCAGCCCUGACCCUUGCUCAGCCUUGCAGGUCCUAGCACGGCCUGGGGGCCAGGCUGCUGUGGGCUCUGGCGAAGGACCAGUGUUGGUAGGUUUGCUGGGGACCUGCUUGUCGCUCCUGCCAAUGGACCCAGGUGGCUCUUGUCCAGCCACAAACCUUGAUGUCCCUAACUCAGUGUGGGGCAGCUGGACAGGGGCUUGAGGAGCCUGCCCACAGGGGGAGGAAUAAAACACACCCGAGUAAAGCCGGGGCCCUUUGGUGAGGGAGCAGUCCCAUCCAGGAAGCCUCUGGCUGCAGAGGCCCUGAGCUAAAGGGGAGGAGACAGGACCCCAGCAGGUGGACAUGGGUGAGGACCCCUGCCCACAAAUGACAUGGCUGCCUGCUCCGUGCCCGAGUGACAGCAGUAUGCUGAGUGGAUCCCCCCAGUAGGGCCACAGUCUCCAUCUGCUUCAUUGAGGGUGGGCAUUGAGUUAGGACUUGUCCACAUCGAGGAGGGUGGGGGCCUGUGUGGCAGGUGGGCCACAGGACCUGGGUUUGUCCUGUGUUUCCAUGGAGUGGCAGUGUGGCCUUGCCCACAGUAAUGUGGGGGAUGACACAUGUCCUCACAGAGCACCAUGAGGACUCAGGAGGGAUGGGGCGGAGGAUGCUACAUUGUUGCUACUGGCUGCUCCCCCUGGGGCCCGGGAGGGGCUCCUCUUCUGGGGUGAGCUACGCACUCGCAGGUGUCUGCCCAGAGGUGGCCUCCUGCGGCCACCAGCCAGCCUCCAUCCUCACUUCCUAGCCCCCAGAAGGCUCCCAGGGGCGUUUUGGCAUCAGGUGCUAACUCAUUUUCAGCUGUACAUGUCAAGUGAAAGAAGUUUUCAGAGCUCCUGUAGGUUGAGAGAAUGUCCUUUUCCUCUGCAUCUCUACACCUUCCUUUCACGGGAAGACUCCAUCCUGCAUCUUCUGGGGGAGUCGGCCUGGUGGGUGUCUGACCUCCGCCUCCUCUGUGCCCCCCAGGCCAUCAGCAUCAGCAAAGCCAUCAACACCCAGGAGGCCCCCGUGAAGGAGAAGCAUGCCCGGCGCAUCAUCCUGGGCACCCACCAUGAGAAGGGGGCCUUCACCUUCUGGUCCUACGCCAUUGGUCUGCCCCUUCCCAGCAGCUCCAUCCUCAGCUGGAAGUUCUGCCAUGUGCUCCACAAGGUCCUCCGAGACGGGCACCCGAACGUGCUGCACGACUGCCAGCGCCAUCGGAGCAACAUCCGGGAGAUCGGAGAUCUGUGGGGACAUUUGCAUGACCGCUACGGACAGCUGGUGAACGUUUACACCAAACUCUUGCUGACCAAAAUCUCCUUCCACCUCAAGCACCCCCAGUUUCCUGCGGGCCUGGAAGUGACAGACGAAGUGUUGGAGAAGACUGCUGGCACUGAUGUCAACAACAUCUUCCAGCUCACCGUGGAGAUGUUUGAUUACAUGGACUGCGAGCUGAGGCUUUCUGAAUCAGUUUUCCGGCAGCUCAACACAGCCAUCGCUGUGUCCCAGAUGUCCUCGGGCCAGUGCCGCCUGGCUCCCCUCAUCCAGGUCAUCCAGGACUGCAGCCACCUCUACCACUACACAGUCAAGCUCAUGUUCAAGCUGCAUGCCUGUCUCCCAGCUGACACCCUGCAAGGACACAGGGACCGGUUCCAUGAGCAGUUCCACAGCCUCAGAAACUUCUUCCGCAGAGCCUCUGACAUGCUCUACUUCAAGCGGCUCAUCCAGAUCCCCCGGCUGCCUGAGGGGCCUCCCAACUUCCUGCGGGCCUCGGCGCUGGCGGAGCACAUCAAGCCUGUGGUGGUGAUCCCCGAGGAGGCCCCUGAGGACGAGGAGCCCGAGAACCUCAUCGAGAUCAGCACGGGGCCUCCUGCCGCAGAGCCAGCGGUGGUGGCUGACCUCUUUGAGCAGACGUUCGGACCCCCCAAUGGCUCCUUGAAGGAUGAUAGGGACGUGCAGAUCGAGACCCUGAAGAGAGAGGUGGAGGCGCUCCGUGCGGAGCUGGAGAAGAUCAAGCUGGAGGCCCAGCGCUACGUGUCACAGCUGAAGGGCCAGGUGAACGCGCUGGAGGCCGAGCUGGAGGAGCAGCGCAAGCAGAAGCAGAAGGCGCUGGUGGACAAUGAGCAGCUGCGCCACGAGCUGGCCCAGCUGCGGGCCGCCCAGCGCGACGCCCAGCGGAGCCAGGGCCUGCGCGAGGAGGCCGAGAAGAGGGCCAGCGCCACUGAAGCCCGCUACCAGAAGCUCAAGGAGAAGCACAGCGAGCUCAUCAGCACCCACGCUGAGCUGCUCAGGAAGAACGCGGACACGGCCAAGCAGCUGACGGUGACGCAGCAGAGCCAGGAGGAGGUGGCACGGGUGAAGGAGCAGCUGGCCUUCCAGAUGGAGCAAGUGAGACGGGAGUCUGAGCUAAAGCUGGAGGAGCAGACUGACCUGCUAGAGAAGCUCAAGAGGGAGCUGGAUGCCAAGGAGGGGGAGCUGGUGCGCACCCAGGAGGCCCUGAGCCGCACAGAGGAGAGCGGCUCGGAGCUGAACUCGAGGCUGGACGCGCUGAGUGCUGAGAAGGCCGAACUGAGCAGCGCGAUGCAGCGGCGGGAGGCGGACCUGCGGGCGGCCCAGGGCCUGGUGCGGGAGAAGGAGGAGGCGCUGAGCCGGGAGCAGCAGCGUGGCUCUCAGGAGGCGGCUGAGCUGCAGAGGCAGCUGGCAGACAAGGAGUCUCAGGAGCAGGAGCUGCAGAGGCGGCUCGUGGACGAGCAGUUUGCGGUGCUCCAGGCCACUGCCACCGAGGCCGAGCGCAUCCUGCAGGAUGCUGUGGCCAAGCUGGAUGACCCCCUGCACCUGCGCUGCACCAGCUCCCCAGACUACUUGGUGAGCAGGGCCCAGGCAGCCCUGGAUGCCGUGAGUGCCCUGGAGAAGGGCCAUGCCCAGUACCUGGUGUCCGAGUCAGAUGCCUCUGUGCUGGUGGCAGCCCUGACCCAGUUCUCCUACUUGGCUGCAGACACCAUCGUCCGUGGCAGUGCCACCUCCCACCUGGCACCCACCGACCCUGCCGACCGCCUGGUCGACACGUGCAGGGAGUGUGGGGCCCGGGCUCUGGAGCUCGUGGGGCAGCUGCGGCAGCGGCAGACCCUGCGGCAGGCCCGGCCCGGCCUGGUGCGGACCCCACUGCGGGGCAUCCUGCAGCUGGGCCAGGAGCUGAAGCCCAAGAGCCUGGACGUGCGGCAGGAGGAGCUUGGGGCCAUGGUGGACAAGGAGAUGGCGGCCACGUCCGCGGCCAUUGAAGAUGCGGUGCGGAGAAUUGAGGACAUGAUGAACCAGGCCCGCCAUGCCAGCUCCGGGGUGAAGCUAGAGGUGAACGAAAGGAUCCUCAAUUCCUGCACAGACCUGAUGAAGGCCAUCCGGCUCUUGGUGACAACGUCCACCAGCCUGCAGAAGGAAAUUGUGGAGGGCGGCAGGGGGGCAGCCACGCAGCAGGAAUUUUAUGCCAAGAACUCCAGGUGGACUGAAGGCCUUAUCUCCGCCUCCAAGGCCGUGGGCUGGGGCGCCACGCAGCUGGUGGAGUCAGCCGACAGGGUGGUGCUCCACACGGGCAAGUACGAAGAGCUCAUCGUCUGCUCGCAUGAGAUCGCAGCCAGCACGGCCCAGCUGGUGGCCGCCUCCAAGGUGAAGGCAGACAAGCACAGCCCGCACCUGGGCCGCCUGCAGGAGUGCUCCCGCACUGUCAACGAGAUGGCCGCCAACGUGGUGGCCUCCACCACGUCAGGCCAGGAGCAGAUCGAAGAGAGAGACACCAUGGACUUCUCUGGCCUGUCCCUCAUCAAGCUGAAGAAGCAGGAGAUGGAGACCCAGGUUCGCGUCCUGGAGCUGGAGAAGACGCUGGAGGUGGAGCGUGUGCGGCUGGGGGAGCUGCGGAAGCAGCACUACGUGCUGGCUGGUGGCGUGGGGACGCCGAGUGAGGAGGAGCCCAGCCGGCCCAGUGCUGCCCCCCGUAGCGGGACCUCCAAGAAGCCACCCCUGGCCCAGAAGCCCAGUGUGGCCCCCAGGCAGGACCAGCAGCUGGACAGAAAGGAUGGCAUCUACCCGGCUCAGCUCGUGAACUACUAGACUCCUGAGGGGGCCAGCGGGCAGGCCUGGGCCUUGGCUGGCUGCCCGACUCAGCUGGCGAGCCUCCAAGGGGUGCGGGACCGCACCCCCCGGGCCUGGACCCUCAGUCCUCGCUGAGCCUGAAGGAUCAGGGGCCGGUUCUCCACCUGCAACGGGCACUCAGCGCAGCCAGGACCUAGCACGCCCGAGCCACAGUGUCUUCAGGAAAUACACGGAACGUUUGUCACAUUCGGAAUUCAGUUUUCCUUCGUGAGUUUGUAUUCAGCACCCUGAGAAGCAGGGCCGUGGGAAAGGGGGUUUGGGCAGGCCCUCCCUGCCUUUUGAACUCAAGGUCUGAGGUGGCGAUGAAUAGUCAGUGCACGCUGGCUGUUGGGGACACAGGCAAGACGUCACUUAUUUGUAGCCUUCCUGGGGCAUUGAUUAUUCCUUGGAGGUGGUGGACUCAAACAAAGCGACUGCUCUAGAGUGGCCCAGUAUGGCCCGUUCUCCUUGGGCUUCACUCCACGGCCUCAGGGAUGGGAGUGUGGAGGAUGGGACCUUUGGGGAGAUGCGGGCCAAGCACUGCCGCCAAGCCCCGUGGGCACAGGUGCUGUGCUGUCACUCUAGAAGUCUGUUCUGCUGAAACCUGUGGUGACCCUCCUAUGUUGUUUUUCAUGCCCCCGAUCAGUCUGCUCCUGCCCCGGAGGCCCGGUCUGCCUGUUUCCCAUUGCCCUGCCCCACACCUCCCCCUCCCCACUAGGUGAUGGCCAGCCUGAAGGCCUCCCCAGCUCAGCCACAAAAAUCCUAAGAACUAGGAUGCCUGCCUGCCAUCCUCCAGAUCAAGGGCCCCUUGUGCCCUACAGGAAGGGGCCUCUCUGAAGUCUGGCAACAACCCUGCUCUACCCUUGGACUGCCCUGCCUCCAUCCGGAGGACCCCACGACCCCACCCCCCUACCCUGCAUGGUGGGCCGGCACAGGCCUCGGUCUGGAGAGGAGCAAGGGAGCAGGCUCUUCCUGCUUUGCCUUUAGUCUUUCCUUGUGUUGAAGAGUCAGACUGGCAAUAAAACACUUGAACUGUCA